CAGCCAAGCUUAGGCUUCCCAGGGGGGAACGGAGGACUCGAUGCGUGCAGCAAGCGGGGUGUUCCCGCUCAGUCCCACGAGUGGAGCGAGUGUCCUCGUGUCUUGCCCCUUUUUAUUUUUUUAUUUCUGAGGGCAGAGCAGAGCUAGCGCGGUAGUUCUGAGGCUGAGGCCGCCCUGUAGCCAGGGCUUGGGUCCGUGCCUGCGCGGCCGCCUGUCCUGCUGGCGAUGUGUCAGCGUGGCAGCCCUGUACUCGGGGUGUGUGUCACGAUCCCUGGGAAGCUCCCUGUCUGUCCCCAGAGCAGCCCGCCCUCCUGUAAGCAGGUCUGGGGAGGCUGCAGUGUUGCAGUCGGCUGCUUUAGCCAGCUUGUGGGAAUGACCCCUCCCUGGCCCGUUAGAGGGUGCAGGUUGAGGUGCUGCUUGAAGGUGGGGUGACCUCCCCGCUGUGUGGGUCGAGGUUGCUCCCUGGGUUCCCGAAGAUGUGGUGUCGUGGUGCAGCCGGGCGGGCCGGCCCGUCCCUCGGGCGCUGGCGGGAGCUGUGUGCUCCGUGGGGCAUUUUUGGAGAUGGUGAGGCGUGGGGUGCCGUCCUGUAGGCAGGGCUGCGUGUGCCCCCUGUUCUUGGGGAGAUGUGUUCUGAGGAACCCCCUGUACUCAGGUGGGUAUCUCUGGCCCCGUCCUUUCAGAGGCGUUGGGCUGUGAGGUGUGGGGCUGGGCUUGGUCCCUUUGUGGACUCGGGGCUUGGAUCCCGAGCGCGGCCUUUGGCCGUGCUGCCCCGCUGCCUGGCUGCUGAGAGUCGUUCCCGCUGCUGUGGGGGAAACCGAGCUCCGUGGCUCCGUGGGUGUCGUCGGCCCGCCUGUAAUCAGGGUCAGGGUGUGGGAGCCUUUGUGCUCUGGUGGCAGCCUGUGUGGGGUGACCGCCCUGUUAGCGGGGUGCAGGUCAAGGUGCCCCCGACCGGGAGUGAAGGAGCCUCCCUCAGCCUUUGGGACCACGGCUGCCCUGUAAGUAAGGGCCUGGCGCUGGAGUCCCAGGCGCUUUGCAAUGGAAGCGGCGGCUGGGGCCCCCCUGUAAGCGGGGGUGGAGCCGACUCUUUGUCCGCCGCUUUGCGUGCCCAGCUCCCUUUGCCCAGGCAGCCCGACUCUGCGCCCUGCUGCAGCGCCGGAUGGACCUCUGCGGCGUGUCGGUGUGGACCUGCUGGUGAAGAAAGAAGCAGCGGGAUGUGGAGCUCCGAGGCAAGCGUGAGGAAGAAGAGGAAGGAAGACGACGACUACGGAGGGGCAAAGGGAGAGGCUCCCUGGGCAAAAGCAUGUCACAUAACUGUAGAGCGCUGCCGGCCCCUUGGGUAACCAGGCCGGCUUUGUGCUGGGCGACCUCCCUGCAACCAGGGCUCGGGUCUUUUCUUUUGCUGUAGUUGGCCUUUUGCCUUGUUGCUCCUUUUGGCUGCCCGGGGAGUGUGGCCCCCUGUACGGAGGGCGAGAGCCACUUCUCCGCACCUGAGUGGGAAACGGAGCUCGCUGGACCCCGAGGGCCCCCUGUAAGCAGGGUAGCGCCCUUUCCCUGCCACUCUUGGUCCCGCCGCUCGGCACGGUUGCCUGCUGGUGACCUCCAGCGUGACGGCCCUGUACUCGGGGCUGUGUGUCACCGCCACUUGUCCCUUGGCCACCUGGGAAGCCCCUUGGCACGUUGAGGCCCGUGGCCUCCGUGCAGCCUGGGGGCGGGUCAGAGGCUCUUGUCUGCUGCUCGUGGGUUUUUAGUUUUUUUGCCCGGGUUUUUUUUUCUGCGCAGCGUUCUCCUUCCCUUCUGGAAAGUUGUACCUGUGUGUUUGCGUCCCCUUCCUUUCCUUGCUUGCGUUUGCGUGGGUGACAAGAGAGAGUGAGCUUUUCCUUCAGGCCUCCCUGAAAAUAGCUGCAGCCAAGCUUAGGCUUCCCAGGGGGGAACGGAGGACUCGAUGCGUGCAGCAAGCGGGGUGUUCCCGCUCAGUCCCACGAGUGGAGCGAGUGUCCUCGUGUCUUGCCCCUUUUUAUUUUUUUAUUUCUGAGGGCAGAGCAGAGCUAGCGCGGUAGUUCUGAGGCUGAGGCCGCCCUGUAGCCAGGGCUUGGGUCCGUGCCUGCGCGGCCGCCUGUCCUGCUGGCGAUGUGUCAGCGUGGCAGCCCUGUACUCGGGGUGUGUGUCACGAUCCCUGGGAAGCUCCCUGUCUGUCCCCAGA